AAGUUGGGGAUGCUGGCAAGCGCCUGUCCCAUGGCGCGCGGCCUCAAAGAGGAUCUCCCGCGCAAUGGCGUCAAGCGCGAACACCAGCAAAAGUAGCAGCUGGAAGGGGGUGCAAGACUCCUUCAAAAGUUACCUGGAGGACUUACCGUCCAAAGGCAGCAUCGCCAGCUUGGAAGGCCCUGGGCGAGAGCAGGUGCGUGACGUGGCUCAAGAGCGACUCCUGGACAGUAUCAUCAGUGCCAUCAAUCAGGAUGACACGCCAGAGGGGCGCCGCAGCCACGAGCGCUGGUCCCGGGCACAGGUCGCUAACCAGCAGGUGAAGGAGGCUUUGAAGGUGCAGCACUUCCGCGGACCUGUGGAUGCAGGCGGGAUUGGGCGGAACGCCACUAGGGAGGCUGCAGAGGCGUUCUUCCCGGAGCACUGGCGCUCCGUCCUCGAUGAAGAUGAGGUCAUGGCAGAGCUCGUAGUGGACUGCGUGGCGCUGAAGGUGGCGGAGACCUUCCUGGACGCCGCCGCGGAGCUGCUUCAGCGCCACGAAGGCUGGUACCUGCCAGCCACCAAGAUGGGCAGGACGAUGCAACGGUCCGCCACCUUGGGCGGCCCUUUGGCCUCCUCUGCUUGGGCCAACCUGAGUCGAGGGGAAGGCAUUCACUCGCCCCCGCAGCCGGACGCCCCGGUUCUGGUGCGCCAGCACCUGGCGAGCAUGAGCAGAAGCUCGCGGGACCGCAGCGAGUGCUCUCAGGAGUUCCAGGAGUCCACCCAGUCGCUGCGCGAGGGCUCCCCACAUGGUCGGACCUUGAAGCACUUCCGCUCUGCGCGGCCACUGGAUCCCUUCCUGAUGCGGCUGCAGGCCUUCACAGAUUCCCAGCGGCCCCAGCGGCGCCUGAAGCGCCGGACCAGUGACCCCUUCGGGCCGAAGUGGAGCUUUCCGAUGCUCGCCUCGCACUUCCCAGAGCACUGGAACGCCAUGGCUCCGGCGAAGCCUGCUAGCCCAGGCCGCACGGAGGGCGUCAAGCAAGUGCUGGAUGCAGAGUGGGAGGAGGAGGCGCCUCCGGGCUACACCUGGCUGCAGCGGAAGUUGCGGGAUGGGCAGACGGUCUUCCCCUACUCCCUGGCCUCGCACAAGGCCUUCUUCGAGUCCUACAAGGAUGCAGAGCUGAGGGACAAGGCAGAGGCAAUCGUGCCUUUGAGGAUGACCGAAUGGCCCUGAGUCUCACCGCGCUGCUUGCAUGAAACG